AUGGAAGUCGCUGACGGUGCAGCCAGCACGCCUGCUGAACUCCCUCAGCCCGACGAUUUGGUGGCGGCGUUGGAGAAGAAUUAUUACAAAGUCGAAUAUCGCAACGUGGAGCUCAAGAACCAUCGCGACGUGGUCAGCACAGUCGACAAGAAGGAUCUCGCCUCCAUCGCGGACAACACAUGGGUGUCUGACGGGGUGAUAGACUUCCACAACGUGUUGCUGACAACUCUCGCCAAGCAGACGCACCCACAUGUGGACAUGUCGAAUUUUGAACUGCUGCUGAAGGACGUUCCCUGUCAUGUCCUCACGGCGAACCACAUCCCUAAGCAAGAGAAUGGUUUUGACUGCGGAGUCUUCAUCUGCCACUACUUGAAAGUUUUGGUCUACUCCGACUUCGCCAACUUGAAGAGUGGCCUGUGGUUCAAAGGGGUCAGCGCGCUGCAGUACCGCCGCAACAUGCGCGCUGAUAUAUGCGCACACGCUAUGGGGGAGUUGCUCCGGAGGCUAGAGGAAGAUGGCGUGGAUGUUCCUUCUCAGGAAAGCGGCACCACCACCAACACGACUUUGAAGGAGGGUGCAGAGGACGGACAACACACAGAGCAAAGACGUGUGGACCGGCUCGAGGCGGAGGUGUGCUCCUUGAAGCGCGAGGUCGGUGCGAUGACUGCAGGAUUCGCCGCAAUUGGGCAGGUGCUUGGGAUGUCGAGGGAGGAGCUGAUCUCUGCCGGCGAAAACAUGCUGCAGAAGCCUGCCUGCGCUGUGCAGGGAGCGGGAGGUAAUGAUCCGCGCAAGCACGGCCCAACCACUCCUGUACGGCCUUCAGGAUACACGAAGCAGCUGAACGACAGCCCUGACGAGGAUCUGGUGGGCUCCAACACGAGAGUGUCGCUCGACAGCAAGUUCGCGUCAGCCGUUGGAGCGUACCCCUGCUUCCCGGCACAUCUGCCGAUCCCCGGGACGGUUCCACACUGGCUGUUGUCGCGCCAGCAGGGAGCUGCGGUUUCACUAGUCCAGCCAUCCUAUCCUGUUUACGGCAUCGCGCAGAGCGGUGCGGGCGCACACCCCGGCUUCACAGCUGUGCCUAAGCAGGAGCCCUUGGCCGGAGGAGAGGAUUCUGACGAGGACGGAGAGGGGGAGACCGAGCCAGGAACAAAGCCGACCAAGUACACCGGGGUGUAUGUGGAGGCCGAUACAGGCAAGUUUGGGGUGAAGGUUGUCGCCAAGGACAAGGACGGAAAGAAGGUAACGAAGAGAGUCGGCGCUUACACCACGAUAGAGGAGGCAGCGUAUUGCUACGCGGCAGCAGCCCACGUGCUGAGGCCAGGCAUGGGCACCAGGAACUCUGUGGCUUUAACACCGGCGGAUAGGGCAGCUUUGAAGGGGUGCACUCCUGAAGUCCUAAAAGUCCUGGUGGAUGCCCGCAUGUGGUGGCGCUGGAGGGUAUGGAGGGAGGCGUACGAAGGUGUGAUGCGGAAGGCAGCGCGGGCCAAGAAGAAUGCAACGCCUGCUAAAAGGGGGAGACCGCGAAAGGAGAGUGGUGCGCAGGGUGGUGGCACGGCAGGAGAGGGUGAAGGAGAGAAGGCUGGAAGUGAGGACACUGAGAUCGUUGCCAUCGAACCAACCAACAGCAGGGCGCUUGGGAGGCUCCGCAGUGCCGAUGCAAAGUCCACGGAUGACAAGACAGAUGAAGCUGGUCGUGGGAGGCAGAAGGAUGGUGCUUGGGAUAUCAAGCGGGAGGUGGCGGAAAAUCUGCUGGUGAUGGUAAUCACGGAGACUACGGGGGGGGAGACAUCUGACGCUUCUCCCGGCAGAGUAGGCAAGCAAGCGGCGGAGAGUGACUCGCCAGAUUCGCGUUCCAAGAGCGACGUUGAUCCGCGUCUGGCUCUCCGGAAUCGAGGCGAGGACGUUGACGGGGGCGACCAGGCACGCAUCGAGAGCGACGUCAACGCUUUCGAAGAGGAGGAUGACGAGGAUGUGGGCGACGCGAUGCGCGCGAUGUUCGAAACCAACACGAACCGCGAGAACGCUGAUGUCCCAACCAAUGGAGAGGAGGUGCGCGUUUCCGCGGGAGUAUUCAGGAGCCUGCUUAAGUCGCAAGACGAGAGCGCGAAGAAGGUUGCCCGCUUGGAAACCUUGCUUUUGGAGGCACUGGCGAAGUCCGAUGGGGGAUCUCGUCGCCGCAAAGCAGAGCGGCAGAGGGAGCCGGGACAGGGAUGCAUGAACCCAAAGCGCCAGCGUCGUGGCGAGGCUGUGGCUGAGGUUGAGGACGGGAUGCCCUUUGCUUCUGCGGCGUUUGCGGCGUGCGCAAAGGCUGCCUUCAUUCCGAAGAAGGCUGCACUGCCGCUCACUUUGAAGGUGUACCACCUUGCGUGGCUAGAGCACGUGGUGUCCGACAGCAUCAUGUACUGGGAGCAGAGGAUGGGCCGUCUCUCCGUCUUUCUGCAUAGCGGCGGGGAGGGGGAGGACGGGCUGUUGGUGGGCAUAGACCUUGCCGUGGUGGGAGGUGAUGUUGCUUUUGCGUGCGCUAUUGAGAUACGUGCGGCUGGUUUGGGGUUUGUAGGUGACUAG